UGACUUAUCUUUGUUUUCGUUUGUGGCGCCACAGUUGCUCUGUUUGGUAAUAAUGUACAUCGUAAAAUUGUCCAAACUUUUAAAAAUAUUAGUCUCUCUUUUCCAAUUAUCGUAGAGAAAUCGACUAUCAAAUGUUUCGAAUCAAAUCUCGAGAUUUCACUUUCCAUUUCGAGAACAAUAACCGACAGAAAAGGAACAUCAUAAUGAGGUCAGAUCAGUCAAAACUGAGUCAAACAGUGCUCCCAAUCCCGACUGCUCUCCCCCUCCUCUGCGAUUCUGAAUUUAAACGUAAACCGUCAACCGCCAGAAGAUAGCAGAAGUCAGUGGAAUUAAAAUGUCACACACAAAAACCAAAAGUGAAAAGAGAAAUGUAGCAACACAAACACACGAUACAAUGUUGGAGAUAGCACGUCUUGAGGAACAAGUGAAGCUUCUCACCAUUGAAAACGGUCGUCUGAGUAAGAAUAGUGUUGGAGAAUCAUCAAUUUCUGUGCGUGGAUGUCAAUGUAAAAGCAAGUGUGCUACCAAACGCUGUGGUUGCUUUAGAAAGAACGUCUCAUGCAGUGAACUAUGCAAAUGUGGCAACUCUGUUUGUAAGAAUCAGAAUGUAGAGGAAAAGGAAGAAAAUUUAGAGAACAUUGAAGUAAGAAAUGACCAAGUAGAAAUUAAACAGAUAAAGAACAAAAAUUUGAUUGCUCCUUACAAAGGUCUCUUUAGUCCAGACAAUACUUCAACCCCUAGUCUAAAACACUAUAAGCUUUCACCCUUGCAAUUUUCCUCAAGAAAGUAUAAGUUAUUCAAAAAUGGCGAAGAAGAAGAGACGCCAGAACAAAUUGAGGAAACAAGAGAUGAGAAGAAAUCAGCAAAACAUAAAACUGAGCAGAAGAAUUCAAAGAAUUUUGUUACUGAAAAGAAAAACAGACAAAAGAAUGAGGUGCCUAGUAAUCACAUAAGAAAGUUGAGAUCUUACUCUAAUGAAGAAAAAAGAAAAAAGAAGGAAAUGGAAACAGAGAAAGAAACUUUAACAAGAUGCAAAUCCAGUGAAAUAAAAGAUAUAAUCAAUGAUAAAAUGAAUUAUGUAGAGAAGAACACAAAUGAUUAUAUCCAACAUAUAAAAGAUGAUAUGUUAUCUUUGAGAUGUAUUGACAGCAAUAAAAAUGUAAGCUGUGGAUACGAAACACAAGAAAAUGAUUACAAAGCAGUUUCCAAAACAGAUGAUAAAGAAGUGUUGCGGCAAUUGUCAAAGUCGAUUGAUCAAGAACAACAGAACCAUAGCAAAAGUGAAAUACUUGAAGACAAUUUUGACCCUAUGAAACCCAAGUAUGAAUUACAAAGAACACCUACGAACACCGAUUGCAAACAUAAUGUGGAAUCCCACAGUAUCUCUCCAGUACCAUUUCCAGUGCUCGUUGUCAAUCAAGACGAGGAACUUCCAAUUCCCAAAGAGUUCAAUCAAGCUGAGGUCAAUUGGGAAGAGUACCAGGCUCAACUUGUCGCGUGCAAUAAAUGCAAGAGAAGGUUCCAUCCGUGUCGAAUUCAAAAGCAUCAAGCUUGUUGUAAGAAAGUGUAAGCAUUAGCCUCGAAUUGUGGUCCAUAUUUUUAUGGAAUUUUUUAUUUAUUUAUUCAUACAAACCAGGA